GGGCAAUAUAAUUCGAUUGAAAAAGAUUCUUUAAGAAGUAGUGUACAGCUUGCAGGCGAUCCGCCUCCUUGUCAUUAUUCGGUAAGGGGUGUUUUGAAUCGUGGACGAAACUGGAAGAAGAAUUGUCGUCCAUCGCCUCAAGACUUUAUGAAGCUACG